AAAGCGCGCGCGCGGUCUGUCCGCCCUGGUUUGUCCCUUCGCGGAUCCCGUAGCGGGGCUUUGACAGUAAACAUGGCGUCCUCAAUGUCACUUCUCAGCUUGGGGCGAAUGUCCGCGACCCAGGCGGUGACCCGGGUGCUGCUGAGCCCCCUCAGGUCUACCAGCACAUCGGCAUGGAGGCUGGCAGAGCAACGGGGACAAGAUACGCAGCUUAUCACAGUGGAUGAGAAGCUGGAUAUCACCACUUUGUCCGGGGUUCCAGAGGAGCACAUCAAAACGCGCAAGGUACACAUAUUUGUGCCCACCAAAACGGCCAUGCAGUCCGGAAUCAACAGCACCAAGAAGUGGAAGAUGGACUUCGACACCAGAGAGCGCUGGGAGAACCCUCUGAUGGGCUGGGCCUCCACAGCUGACCCCCUAUCCAACAUGGUUCUCACAUUUUCCUCCAAGGAGGAUGCCAUUGCAUUCGCUGAGAAAAAUGGUUGGAGCUACGACGUAACGGAGAAGAGAACAUCAAAGCCCCGGGUGAAAUCGUACGGAGCGAACUUCUCAUGGGACAAGAGGACCAGGAGGUCCGCCAAGUAAACCAAUAACAUCCAUCUGUUAAUUCGCUUGACCUCCGUUCGCUUUGCCACAGGCCUGUAUAUUCACCACUCGUCAAUAAAUGAAAACAUAUAUGUGUAA